AUGGAGGAGGAUUCAACAUAUAAUAAAGUUGAAAUUGCAGUUGGCUGUCAUGUAGAAGAUGCUGUAAACUUUUGGGCACAGAACAUUAAUAGAUCUCAGGAAAUUUUAAAGAUUACCUCUGGUCUAGCUGAAAUCUGUCCUCAAGCCAACCGAGUUUUUGGCAGUCCUGAUUUUAAUAAGAUAUAUGGAGGUUGCUUUUCUGAAGAUAAAUGCUGGUACAGAUGUAAAGUACUCAAAAUUAUCAGUGAUGAAAAAUGUCAAGUAUUAUACAUUGACUAUGGGAACUCUGAGGUCCUCAGAAGAUCAGAAAUAGUUGAGAUCACAGAAAACUUGCAGUUUCCUGGUGUGGCAAAAAAGUAUAAAUUGUGGGGAUUACAGUUAUCAGCUAAUAUAGAUUUAAAUCAAUUUGAUCGGGGGAGGAUAUUUCUGAAUAGUUUGAUAUUUGAAAAAGAGAUAACGAUAACACAUAAAACCAUGCAUCGGGAUGGCACCAUUGUUGCCCAGGCAGAAUGUGGUUUACUGGAUGUUGGAGAAGAAAUGGCUAAGAAAGGCUUUGCUGAACUUCGCAAAUCUCCCACAAAAAAUAAAUUCUUUGAGACAAAAGGGGAUUUCUUUUUGCAAAGGAAUGCCAAAAUAUCAACUCCAAGAUGGGCAAUGAACUUUGUAGCAAGCAGUAGUAUGACAGGAAGUCACGGUGAUAUGUUUCUGAGUGAAAAAAAUGAAAAUUCUAUAAAUCAUUUUUCUUCGAUUCAAAGUAUAUCAGAUAUUAGCCUGGAAAAGAUCAGAGAGGAUCAGAAGUUGAUUGAGGAGACUGAGAAACUAAAAGAAGAAAAGGUGACUUUCCAAAAAGAAUACCAAAUUCUUUCCCAUCAAUGUGAAAUACAGGAAUCAACAAUACAUAAACUGACGUGUGAUUUGGAGAAAGAGAAGAAAGCUUACAAGGAAAGCCUUGAUUAUAUGGAAAAUAGGCUGCUCACUUAUGUAGGAACUACAGUGAGAAAAUUGGCUACCAGGUUUGAAACAUUGAAAGAAAUAAGGCAAAAACAUGUAAGUGCUCAUUUUGGAGAAGAUCUUUUAGAAGCUGCAAAUAUAGUUUCCAAAGAGAAAAUUCUGGCCGUCCAGUCCAUGGAAAAGCUGGAAAAGAUAUGGGCAGAUUAUAACAUCUCCCAGCAAAAAAUACGUCUUUGUAAACAUGUGGAUGAAGUACAAAGCUUGAUUCUCCAGAGGAAUGAAUUGCAGCAUAAAUUGCCCAAGGCUCUAGAAGAAUUCAUUGUGGAAGUGAAUGAUCUGCCUCUUUCUGAGCGCUUAGAAACGUUGAAGAAGUUGCAAGGAUCUUUGGAGGUGGUAUAUGGACAGGCUGAUGAAGCAGAGGGUUCAGAAGAAGUAUUUGAAGAGUUCUUUGAAUGGAAGAAUGCUAGGUUGGAGAAAUUCAGUCGGAUUAGGAAUGCUACAGAUACUUCCUUACAAAAUCUUGUAUUAAGUUUCAGCAGCAUAAUUCAGUUUUUUGAUAUAGGGUCAGCUGUAUUAAUGAAAUCCAAGGAUGUAGGUGUCAAUGUAGAUGAAGUUCUUAAGAAUGUCGAGCUUGAUAUGUCACAAGAAUUUGACAUGUUUUUAACAGAUUUAGAUGAAAAAGACAAAAAAGUCAUCUUAAACAUGUAUAAUGUGGUUAUGCAGAAGGUCCUUCAAGAACAAGAUCUUAUAAAUGCAGUGAAUCAAAAAUAUCUUGAAAGUUGUGAGUUCAAAAACCAGAUUGUGGAAUGGCUGAAUAUGACUCCUAAUAUUGAUGAUUUGUUACUGAUAAAGAAGAGAAUGAAAAUCAUAAAGGCACAGCUGAGGUGGAAAUUAGUAGAAAAAAACAACUUGGAAGAAUCUGAUAAUUAUAGCACGGAUGAAAUGGUGAAAAUAAAAGAAGAAAUCAAUGCUCUACAGGAUAAUGUAUUUCAGGAAAUAUAUAAGGAACAAGAAGAAUAUGAAAAGCUUAAUCAUCUAGUUCAAAAAUAUUUCCCUGAGCUGCCACUCCUUCAUCCUGAAGUAGGAAUUUUGAAGUAUAUGAACUCAGGAGGUUUGACUGUCAGUUUAGAACGUGAUCUCUUAAAUGCUGAGCCAAUGAAGGAACUGAGCAUAAAACAUCCUGUGAUGUGCUCCACAAUUCAAGGACAAAAGGUUCUCCUGAAGGGAUAUAUUGUGGAUAUGAAUAUUGAAACUCAAAUAAUAGAAAGAGCAGCAAAGUAUCACAAAGUUUGGAAAGAAUUAAGGGAGGAAUCUUGUUUAAUGCAAUCAUUGUUCCUGUUUUUAUCCAAGUCUGAUCCUAUGAUAUAUCUAAUGAUUCCAUACUAUGCUGGAGCAAACCUGGGGACAUUGCAGAUGACAGCACCUUUAACCCCACAAGAAACAUUAAAAGUAAUGAAAGGAGUGGCACGUGGUCUGUGUGCACUACACAAAGCUGAUAUAAUUCAUGGAUCAUUGCAUAAAAACAAUGUGUUUGCAUUGAAUAGAGAACAGGGAAUUGUUGGAGAUUUUGAUUUCACCAAAUCUGAGAGCAAGCGUGCUUUGUCAGCUUUUAUGACUUUGAAUGGCUUGAGCUUAAUUUCCCCAGAGCUAAGAAAUGGUCAGCCACCUUCUCCAGCUUCGGAUAUGUAUGUUUUUGGUUGUCUGCUUUACUGGCUAUUUAUUGGAAAGCAAGAAUUGAAAACAAAUGGAGAUGGAACUCCUCAAAUUGAUGGCUUAAAUAUGGAUGAUAAAGUUAAAUCUCUGCUUUCACAACUCCUUUGCUAUGGUAAUCGGAUGACUGCAGAACAGGUGUUGAAUGCCGACUGCUUCUUGUCGCCUGACCUGAUUUCAGUUCCACUGGAAAGUGAACUGACUGAAUAUGACCUUUGGGAACUGAGACCAGAAUAUGUGUCUGAUGAAAGGCUGGAUGACAAGAGUGAACCUUCAUCAGAUAAAGAUUCAGAUGCGUAUAUGAGUGAUUAG